AUGCUAUUAAAGGUCAAGACGUUAACUGGGAAAGAGAUACCAAUCGAUGUAGAACCUGAGGAUCGCGUAUAUUCUAUUAAGGAAUUACUGGAAGAAAAGGAAGGUAUCCCUCCAGCACAACAAAGAUUGAUCUUCCAGGGAAAACAAAUGUAA